AUGACGAAGCUGGUGCGCAAACUCAAGCAGAUGGCCAAGAAGCGGGCCCAUCGCAAGGUUGUGCUGAAGCGAAAGGCGGAGCGAGCCCAAAAGGAUAUUGAGGAGAGUGAAAAGCUCAAGCAGGAACGGCUGGAGCGUGAGACCGACCUUGAGGUGCACCGCCUCACACAGGGCGAGGAGGAGGAAGAGGAGACGGCGGCAAUGAACAAGAAGGUCGUGCGGGUGGUUGGAGAUCUGGUUCUGGAGGCCCCGCAACGGAAGGCAAAGAAGCAGGUAAGUCGCAAGCAGGUAAAGCGAAAGGAAAAGCUGAAGGAGCGUGGCCAGGCUGUUGCGGCUCAGCUAGGGAAGAAGUGGGACAUAAAGAAACGGCGAGUAAAGCAGCGAGCUCAGGUCCGCAACGAAGAUCUUCACGAUUAA